AUCAAAUACUCUCAUUCUCAAUAUAUCACUAUUUUUGUUUAGUACAUGAGAUUAAUUAGAUAUUAAUUAUCUCUAAUUAAACAAGUUUUUUUACCCCUUAAUUUUUUGAUUACCCUCAUGGAACCUUUUUUAGAAGGCAAGACUAUUUUCAUUACUGGUGCCACUGGUUUUCUUGCAAAGAUUCUCGUAGAGAAGAUACUUCGAGUACAGCCAAAUGUGAGAAAAUUAUUCCUUUUAGUAAGAGCUUCAGACUCAAAAUCUGCCAGAAAACGUUUUAAUGAUGAGGUUAUGCAGACUGAAUUAUUUAGUGUUCUAAGAGAAAAAAUAGGUGCAAAUAACCUAAAUUCUCUCAUAGAAGAGAAAGUAUUUCCAGUUGCUGGUGACAUUUCAUUUGAGGAUUUUGGAAUUGAAAAUUCAGAGAUGAAAGAUGAAAUGUUCAAAGAAAUUGAUAUAAUCAUAAACUCAGCUGCAACUACUAGAUUUGAUGAGAGAUAUGAUAUUGCAAUGGAUAUCAAUGUCCUAGGUGCCCUUAAUGUCCUCAAAUUUGCUAAAAGAUGUGAAAAUGUGAAGAUAAUUGUUCAUGUAUCCACUGCUUAUGUUUGUGGAGAAGGUGAAGGAGUAAUACCAGAGAAAUCAUUCUCUUUAGGUGAAACACUCAACAAAAACUCAAAAUUAGACAUUGAUGUGGAAAGGAAAGUGAUAGAUGAAAAACUCAAGGAGCUUGAAGCUCAAAGCUUGACAACAAAGGAAGUUACAAUUGCCAUGAGAGAUCUAGGCAUUCAAAGGGCAAAUUUGCAUGGGUGGCCAAAUACAUAUUCCUUCACAAAGGCAAUGGGAGAGAUGCUUUUAGGACACUAUAAGGAAGAUCUACAACUUGUAAUAAUACGACCAACGAUUAUUACAAGUACUUAUAAAGAGCCAUUUCCAGGAUGGAUCGAAGGAGUAAAAACAGUGGAUUCCUUCAUUUUGGCAUAUGGUAAAGGAGUAAUGAAUUUCUGCUUUGGUGACCCAAACACAAAACUUGAUAUGAUUCCAGGUGAUAUGGUUGUGAACUCGAUACUUGCAUCAAUUAUAGCACAUAUUGGAAAUGAUGAAUAUUAUUCUUCUGAAGAAUUAAUAUAUCAUAUUAGUUCCUCAGGAAUAAAUCCCCUAAAAACUUCAGAUAUUCUAGCGUUCUUAUUUAAUUACUUCACAAAAAAUCCAUGGAUUAGCAAAGAUGGAAAUAUCAUCAAAGUGGGGAAGCCUACACUAUUUAGUAGCAUGGAUAGCUUUCGAAAAUACAUCUCAACCUAUUAUUGGCCAUUAUUAAAGAUAGUAGAGUUGGCAAAUGUAUUAUCAUGGCGUCGUUUUGACAAAACCUACAAGGAUUUGAAGAGGAAGAUUGAUAUGGCUAUACGUUUAUCUGAACUCUACAAACCUUACUUGCUUUUCCAUGGAAGCUUUGAUGAUGCUAAUACUAAGAGAUUGAGAAUGACAAUGAAAGAACACAAGAUGGAUGGUGUGCUCAACUUUGAUCCAAGUUGCAUCAAAUGGGAAGAUUAUUUCAUGAACACUCACCUUCCUGGAGCUGUCAAGCACAUUUUCUAGGAAUUAUAUAUUAAUUAAUUAAUUAAUUGAUUCUUCUUCAUCAUAUUAUAUAAGAAUGAUGUAU